AUGGCUCCUCUGUCUGCUUUUCUUGACGAGCCUCCAUACGUUCUUUCAAUACCCCAUCUACUAGCCGUCGAACGCUACAUCCUGAGCCUAGCCCUUCGUUUCGCCUUGCUCGGUCGUAUAGAUGCUGCUCGCGACUUUACAGAACUACUAUACUCGCGUCCACGUCUUCAGAACCUUGAGUUAUCUGGUCUGCGCGCAUUAGUACCGUACUGGCGCAAGACGCAUUUCCCUGCUGGGAUACCCGGGGAGCUCAAGACAGACGCCUAUCUAGACAACUACACAAGUGAAAAACAGCAACAGGGUCUACAAUGGUGUCAUUACACGCCCCUAGAUCAGCGUACUGAAGACGAGGCUGGCAUCACUGCAUCUCUGUCUCCUGUUUCGAUUCCCUACCCACAGUACCGAAUACCAGCUCAGACGGUUGCCUUGGACAUCGCAGUCAAGCUGGCUGAGAACCGAGGUGUCGAAUCGUCUCGCGACACCAGGGUCCUAGAAGUCCUAGCCGCCAUAGCAGAGCGCUUUCCAAAAGCAUGGGAACUUUCCCGUAUUAUCGAUUCUCCGAAUCACGUCUCGGUGUUCAUGUCUGGAGCUCUGGCCAGGAUCUGGGGCUUUCCUGACCACGAACUUGAUUCCCGAGCUGCCGAACUGCUCGAAGCAUCUCGACAACGCUUUUGGCAUGGUCCCUCGACUCGAGGCCCGGAAACCAUAUCUGGACUGCUCGAGUCCUGUAACGAUGAUACCGUGACCAGGACCGCGCUCGACGAUGAAGUAGACAACAUCGCUUCGCUCUACAAGCCACCCGCCACAGAGCAAGAAAUUAUUGAUCUUGAGGAGAGACUUGGCGUGACUCUCCCCGAAGACUUCAAAGCCUUUCUGCGUAUCAGCAACGGUUCUGAGGGCAUCUGGAACGGCUACUUUCCUGGCCCGCCUCUUCGAUCUGCCGCGGAGAUUGACUGGCUCGACUACAGUGAAUACGAGCUUAUGUUUGACCAAUUGAAUCUGAUACAGCUCGAGAAUGAACUGGACUCUGACGAAUUUUCCGAGUUCCCCAUAUUUACAGAGGUCAUAUGUAUAGCCAGUGAAGACAUCUACGAUGUAUGGCUCAUUCCUCCUGGAGCCAUGGAACAUAUACGGGAUCACUACAAAAAGUUAUACGACGCGGUGGAUGAUCAUGGUAAACGAGUCAUAGCACGUGCGAUCGAUGACUUUGCUGGCAGCUGGGACGAGUGGGAGAACCUGAAAUGGGGUUGCUGCUCUUGGGCAUGUGGUGGGUCUGCUCAAUUAGAUAGUUACAAGAGCUUCAAGGCGUGGUUGGAGAAUGAGGCUUGGGAUGCAAAGAACGUGGGGAGAGAGGCCCUUGAGAGCGCAUGA